AAUUUUAUUCAAUAGAAACUUUUCAUUUUGACAGAACGAUGAAGACGUGAUUUAAAAACAUAAAUUUAAAAAAAAACAAUAUUUUUCAUUAAUAAAUAAUGAUAUUCAUUACUUCUUUGAAAUUAAUUCACUGAAAAUAUUAAAUUUAUUUAAAAAUUUUAAUGAAAGACAAUAAAAUUCCUAUUUUUAUGAUUGUAUAUUAAAUCAAUGCCUAUAACCUAUUAUAAAGAUACUUUUCGAAAUAAUCAAAUUUCAUAAAUUUAUAUAUUUAAACAUUUUUUUAUUACAUUUUAUAAUUGAAAUAAUUAUGAAUACUGAAGAGAAAUAUAAAGAUUUAUUGUCUACGAAUAAUAUUUUUAAUAAAAAUUACACUGCAUAUAAGUCUCAAUUUAUAGGGAUUGAUGAUAAACCUUAUGAAACAAAAUGUGUUCUGUGUGAUAUAAAAUUUAUACUUCCUAAAAAUGAAAAAGAAUUCUUGACUCAUUUAUUUAAAAAACAUCGACUUGUAAUAGCAGAUGUUUGGAAUAUUGCAAGUCUGAAAAGCUAUAUACAUUAUUGGGGUGUUAAAUUUAAAGAAGAGCCUUUGACUAAAUUCUGUACAACAAUGUUAAUGGAUUGCACUCCAGAUGGAAAACCAAGCAAAAAUGAAAGAUAUUUUUUACUUUCUGAUUGUAUAUCAGAAGAUAAAAUUUUAAGAGAUGAAAUACAUCAAGCAAAAUUGGAAUGGAUUUUAUCAGAACAAACAAGAGAAAGAACAGAUACUAAUUUUAAACGUGGUUGUAUUUUUUGUCGAAUGGAAUUUUCAGGAUUACGUAUUACAUAUAUAAAACAUUUAGCUCAAAAACAUAAUUUAUAUCUUGGUAAACCAGAUAAUUUGGUACUUAUAGAUGAAUUUUUGGAUAAAAUUCAAACAACUAUUGAUAAUUUGAUAUGUAUAUAUUGUGAAAAAUUAUUUAAAGAUCGAACAGUUUUAAAAGAACAUAUGCGAAAAAAACUACAUAAAAGAAUAAAUCCUAAUAAUAAGGAAUAUGAUAAAUUUUAUAUAAAUAAUUAUUUAGAACCUGGAAAAUCAUUAAAAUCUAAACAAAGUAAUUAUAAAGAAAAUAAUGUAGGAGAUGACAGUAGUGAAAAUGAAGAUGAAGAUACAUGGUCAGAUUGGAAAGAUGAAGACAUUGGUAUAUCAUGUUUGUUUUGUAAUCACAGUGAUAAGCAUUUUCAUCUUAUUCUUGCACACAUGAAAACAGAACAUGAUUUUGAUUUUGAAAUUGCAUCAAAAGAUUUAACAUUUUAUCAGAAAGUGAAAGUAGUUAAUUAUAUCAAAAGGCAAAUUUAUUUACAAAAAUGUGUUUUUUGUGAAAUGAAAGUAGAUAAUAUUUUAGAACAUAUGAAAAAAGAAAAUCAUUUUAAAAUACCUUCUCCAAAAACGUGGGAUCAACCAGAGUUUUAUUUUCCUAUGCAUGAGAAUGAGUCCUUUUUGUAUAAUUUAGACAUAAGUAGUACUAGCGAUGAAGAAAAUGAUUUUGAAAAUAUUACAGAAGCAACAUAUGAAACAGUAAUAAAAACUAAGUAAUAAAAACUUUCCAAAAUAUAAAAAAAUAUUACAGAUUUUGUUAUCUGUAUUAAAGGAUGAAUUUAGUAAUAAUUGUAAACAUUAAUUGAAUUACAUCUUGAAGUAUCCUUUUGUAAAAAAAAUUAAUACUUAUUUAUAUCUAAAUAUUGAUAAAUAUAUUGGUAGAUAUAUAAAAUUCCAUUUACAUUAUAAUAUAUAUUAUAAUAUUAACUAUAUAUUAUAUAAAAUAAAAGUAAAUAAAAUACUAUAAGAAAAAUAUAAGCAUUAUAAGAAAAACAAUUUUUUGUUUCAUUUUGAUUAUCAAACAUUUUAAAAUAUUAGAAUAAAAUGUUAGAAUAAUCAAAAUUUUAAAAUAGAUAAUACUAAUCAUCUAAAAGAAUCUGAAUAGUCUCAAGUACUUGUAAAUUAGUUUCAAAAUCAAGUUUGGAUUGGUUUAUAUAUUUUAUAAAGAUUUAAUCUAGCAUUUGUCAAACAUUUGGAAUAAUAAUAAAAUAUAAUAAUAUUAGUAAAAACUUCGAGAAAACUUACGUUACUUUUAUAAUUAGAAAUAUUAAAUUUACAUACAUACAUUAACUAGUAAUUAAGGAACGUCCAUUUAUUCUAUUUGUAAUCCAUAAUAACAAUUCCUCAUUAAAAUAUUUUAAUUUUUCCGCUAGCACUGAAGAUAUUCAUGAAAAUUCAGUUCUAAUACGAAAUUAAUUUUGUUGUAAGUUUCGAAUUGUAAAUAUAAAUAAAAAUGAAUUCUUCAUUAAAUUUAAAU